UGACACAGAGGGGGGAGUCAUUGGGAGAGGUGGGCGUUACACAUGGAAAAAGAAAGGGAGGAUUGGAAAGAAGUAGAGAGCAAGACAGACUGUUUAGGCAGGAAAAGUGCAACUCUCUUCUGAUUUCCUGAAAGAUGGAACAAUUGUGAUUUUUGUAUCACUGAAGCUGCCAUGUUGGCACAUGUUUCCAUAUACUGAAAUAUCAGGAUAAACUUUUCCCCGCUCAUCUCUGCUUCUAAUUUCCAUCUGUCUGAAGACGUCCCAUAGAGCCGGCUGAACUGGAGGAUGCUGCUCUGAUGGACUUUAUUGCUCAAUAACCAAGGAAUGCCCCAAAACAACUCUUUUGGCAAACCCCUUUUCCUGACUCGCGCUGUAUGAAGCCCAAUGGAAAAAGCUGUCAAACAUUCCAGCGUUAGAAAAAUUUCACUUUCAAGACCUCACUGAGAAGAAAUUCAGACAAGACAGAAACAAACAGGAAGAGCUCGGGGAGAUUUGGGAUCCCUGCUAAACUGCUCCAUCUGGCAGGAGUGGGACCCAGGCUGAUAACCUCUCAGUGCCAGUUAAGCAGGAACCCCAGAAGAUGCAUCUGCUUCAGAUAACAGCUGUGUUACUGGUUGCGAGCAGAACCUCUAGCUUUUCUAUCACACCGCCGGAAGGCUCCGAGAUUGUGCUCGAUCUGUAUAGUACCUACUCCUUAUAUUGUUCCUCAAAUGAAGAGCUUGUGUGGGAACAUGAUGGACAGUUCAUCGAUUCAGCACUUGAGGUUAAAGAUGGCAUCUUCACCCGAAAACUUACCCUUUUUGAUGUGACGGGGCUGAACACAGGGCAGUACUCAUGCUACUUCAAUGAUUCCGUCCAUACCACUGAACCUGUGAAGAAAUCGGUCUAUAUCUUUGUACCAGAUCCAUCUAUGGUUUUUCUGCCAGUGAAAGAGAGUGAAGAGUUUAUUUUCAUUAUUCACAAUGUUGAAAACAUCAUUCCGUGCCGAGUGACGGACCCAAACAUGACUGUGACUCUCCAUGAGAGAAAAGGGGAUACUGACAUCCCUAUGCACUACGACAACAAGAAAGGAUUCAUAGGGGUUUUCAGUGAUAUCAACUACUAUUGCAAAGCUUCAGUUAAUGAGGAGGAGGUUUACACAGAACCAUUUCAUGUCUAUAGUAUACAAGUUUCCACAAUCGACAUGUCAAUUGAAGCAGAGAAGGACUUGGUAAAGAGAGGUGAAAAUAUCACUGUUAGAUGCAUAGUCACUAACAAUGAAAUCCUGAACUUUACUUGGGAUUAUCCUGCCAAGAAGAUAGGAAGGACAAGCACCCCGGACGUGAUAUUUCUGCCCAAUAACAGCAUAGGUUCUGUUUUGACCAUCCACAAUGCUGAUCUCGAUGACUCUGGAACGUACAGUUGCAGCGCUGUGGAGAUGACAUUGGAUCAAUUAGACUCAAAAAAUAUUGAUAUAACUGUAAUAGAACAAGGAUUUGUAAAUAUAAUUACGAAUGAAAGCAGCAUAUCCUAUACUAUCCAGCAUAAAAGCAAAUUAUUUAGAAUCAACAUUGAGUCCUACCCACCACCCACCAUUGUCUGGCUAAAAGACAACAUUACCCUAACAGGCAAUAAAACCAACCAAAUCACUAUUGUGGACAAAGCUACAUCUAAAAACAGGUACACAAGUCACUUAUCCCUUGUGCGAGUGAAAGAACAGGACGCAGGCCUCUACACAAUCAGGGUUUUUAAUGAAGAUACAACUCAAGAGAAGUCUUUCUACCUCCAGAUAAAUGUGCCCCCUGAAAUAACAGAGCUGGUGGAUACCCACCCCGCGAGUGGCAGCCAAAUAGUCACAUGUAUAGCUAAAGGAAUACCAGCCCCAGAAAUGACAUGGCACAUCUGCACUGAACUCAAAAGGUGUAACAGUAAGGACCUGGAGUCAUGGAAACUUCUUGAUAACAAAACAUCAGACCUAGAGUUCCACACCAACAUCAGUUACAUAGUGCUGGAGGGUCCCGGUCCUCACACGGUAAAAAGUGUCCUUCACUUCAAAGGUCUGGAAGAUUCCAUCACAGUCCGCUGCUCAGGCAAAAACCUCCUUGGGAUAAGUUACAGAGAUGCCACACUAGCACCACACCAUUUGCCCUUUAAGAUUGUGCUUGUAUCUGCCAUCCUGGCAUUGGUAGUGCUGGUUCUGCUUCUUUUGAUUAUCCUUGUCGUCUUGUGGCAAAAGAAACCUCGAUAUGAAAUCCGAUGGAAGGUCAUUGAAUCGGUCAGCUCUGAUGGCCAUGAAUACAUAUAUGUUGACCCUUUGCAGCUUCCGUACGAUUCUAGCUGGGAGCUUCCCAGAGAUAAGUUAGUGCUAGGUCGAACACUUGGUUCUGGGGCAUUUGGCAGGGUGGUAGAGGCCACAGCCCAUGGAUUAGGCCACGCCCAGUCGGUCACAAAAGUAGCUGUAAAAAUGCUAAAAUCAACCGCCAGAAGCAGCGAGAAACAGGCUCUCAUGUCUGAGCUGAAGAUUAUGAGCCAUCUUGGGCCACAUCUCAAUAUUGUCAACCUGCUGGCAGCAUGCACCAAAGGCGGACCUGUUUAUAUCAUAACUGAGUAUUGUCGUUACGGAGACUUAGUUGAUUACCUGCAUCGUAACAAGCACACGUUUCUUCAGUGCUAUGCUGAUAAGAGCAGAAAGGACACUGGAGUGUACAGUAACGCUUCUAUUGGGGAAGAACUGCACAGUCAGUUGACAUUUUCCUCUGAAAGCGAUGGAGGCUACAUGGAUAUGACCAAAGAUGACAUGUGUUAUGUGCCGAUGCUAAACCAAAAAGGAGAAAUCAAAUAUGCUGAUAUUGAAACUUCAAACUAUGGCACCACAUAUGAGCUGGAGAAUUACUCAACAGCAGAGAGGACAAACAACGUCAUCCUCAUAAACGAGUCGGCGACUCUCAGUUAUACUGAUCUGAUUGGAUUCAGCUACCAAGUGGCCAACGGAAUGGAAUUCCUUGCCUCAAAAAAUUGUGUUCAUCGUGAUUUGGCAGCAAGGAACGUGCUUAUCUGCGAGGGAAAGCUGGUUAAGAUUUGUGACUUUGGGCUAGCCAGAGACAUCAUGAAGGAUUCCAACUACAUCUCCAAAGGAAGCACAUUCCUCCCUUUAAAAUGGAUGGCGCCUGAGAGUAUUUUCAACAAUUUAUACACAACAUUAAGUGACGUGUGGUCUUUCGGAAUUCUCCUUUGGGAAAUUUUCACUUUGGGUGGAACUCCAUACCCCGAAUUACCAAUGAAUGAACAGUUCUACAAUGCCAUAAAGCGAGGCUACCGAAUGUCAAAGCCUUCCUAUGCUUCAGAGGAAGUAUAUGAAAUCAUGAAAAAAUGCUGGGAUGAGAAGUUUGAGACAAGACCACCAUUUUCUCAGCUGGUGACACUCACAGGGAAUCUUCUGGCUGACACCUACAAACAGAAAUACAAAGAAGUGGAUGAGGAAUUCUUUAGAAGCGAUCAUCCUGCGGUUGUGCGAGUGAGGCCUAGAAUCAAUAAAAUCAACAGCACCAUGAAUACUGGGGAAACUAUAGCAAACAAUAUUCUGUAUUCAGUGGUGCAACCAAAUGACAAUAAUGAUUACAUUAUUCCACUGCCGGAUCCCAAGCCCGAGGAUUCUGAUAACAUAUUUAAUGAGAGUUCCGCCAGUCGUCCGAGCUCUACACUACAGGAAGGCAAUACUUCAUCUACGAUUUCCUGUGACAGCCCCUUGGAGCAGCCAGAUCAGGAUUUAGAACAUGACCCAUGUCAAGAGUGUCAACAGCAGGACAUAGAGGAGAGUUUUCUGUAGCCGGUGGAUACUUUUGAACUGAUCAUUCUCAGAUAAAGACAAUUGAGAGUAUUUCAGCAUUAUGCCAAAGAGUCAAACAGAAAUGAUAAGACCAAAGAAAUGCACUUUGUAUUGGAGCAAAGCUACCAUCUACAGAAAUAUUAUUGCUUGCUCAGCAAAUGUCUACAGAGCACCUUUAUUGGGAAGGAAGGAUGGUUUUGUAAAUAUGAAAAGGUAUGAACUGCAAGGUACUAGUGUUUUUGUUUAAAAAAAACUGCAAAAAUAACUAUAUUAUGAAGAAAAGAAUAUUCUACACACAUUUGACAUUUAUCUAUGUGCAAUAUUUUGAAAUCAGCUCUUGCCGUAUACAGUAUGUGUGAGUCAUGUAGUCCAUGUGCCCUCCUUACGCUUGGGAAGGGAAAGUUCAGUAUUUGCGCAAAUACUUGGAAAUAUUGCACAGAGGAUGAACUCCUAGAACCAAUCAACUUGCACAACUCUAAACAGAUAUUGUUGCUUCUCACACACUGAUUAAAGAAAUGGACCAUCUUAACAAUUUAAAAAAUACAGUCAUUUCUGAGAAAGGACUAAUCAAAACCGACCUACAAGCCAGAAAAAAAGGGAAACACUGUCCAACUGAAUAUAAAUUGGAGCAGCCACGCUGAUACAAUAAUGGACCUCAACCAAAUGGCAGUCAAAUGAAGCAAAGCAGUAGGUGGAGCAGCAAUUAUCCCCAAAUCGGCUUGUAGAACGGUUUAUCCUCUAUUUUUUUCUAAGCAACUCGUUUUAGUUUUUUUUCCCACCAAAAGGCAAAUAUGUUGCUUAAUGAAUAACCUAUGCUACGUAUACAUUUACGUAUAUUUUCUAUGCAUCUUUUUUUCCAGCACUAAAGGUAGACCCUAUAGAAAGAUAUUCUACCUUUACUUGAUAUUUUAAGCUGUCUCAGGCUUGGAAAAUCUUUACCUAAAGCUAGUCAAUCAUGUAAUAUCUCAUUAACGCCACCUCCAACAGCCUACCCAUGGAGGGAUCUCAUCAUUAAAUUUCUGGUGUAUGCUGCAGCACCCAUUUCCCUGCUAUGAAUGCAGUGCCUGAUAAGAAAAUAAAGUACAGUGCCAUACAGAAAUAGGCAAUCAUGCACAAAGAAAAAAUACGUUGGCCCUCAUGUUUCCAUUUACAAAAAACAAUGCGUUAAUACAUUAUUAGUGCCAGAUAU